CCGUCUCCGGCCGGCUCUCCUCCAGAAAUCCCCGCGCGGAUCACUCGCCCGCCGGCCCUGCUCUCAGCUCGCUCGUCCCAACCGACAGCGUAACAAACCCCGGCCAUCCUCGUCGCUGUCUGCUCCUUCACACUAGAAGCUCUGCCAGAGCUGCAGGAUCCAUCCCGCGGGUGAUGAGGUCCAUGGAGAGUACGGACUCGUCGUCCGGCUCGGCGCCACCGCGGCGGCAGCAGCAGCAGCAGCCGAAGCAGCCGGGAUCGGCGCCGGACCUCCCGCCGGGGUUCCGGUUCCACCCGACGGACGAGGAGCUCGUCGUCCACUACCUCAAGAAGAAGGCCGCCUCCGCGCCGCUGCCCGUCGCCAUCAUCGCCGAGGUCGACCUCUACAAGUUCGACCCGUGGGAGCUCCCUGAUAAGGCGACCUUCGGGGAGCACGAGUGGUACUUCUUCAGCCCAAGGGACCGCAAGUACCCGAACGGAGCGCGGCCGAACAGGGCGGCGACAUCGGGGUACUGGAAGGCCACCGGCACCGACAAGCCCAUCCUGGCGUCCAACGGCAGCCGCGAGAAGGUCGGCGUGAAGAAGGCGCUCGUGUUCUACCGCGGGAAGCCGCCCAAGGGCCUCAAGACCAACUGGAUCAUGCACGAGUACCGACUCGCCGACGCCGCAGGUUCCACCACCGCCCACCGGCCGCCGCCCGGCGCCGGCGGUGGCGGUGGCAAGGCCACCUCUCUCAGGCUGGAUGACUGGGUGUUGUGCCGCAUCUACAAGAAGACCAACAAGCUCGGAGUCGGCGAUCACCAGAGGAGCCUGGAGUGCGAGGACUCCGUCGAGGACGCGGUGGUGGCCGCGUACCAUACCCACGCCGCGCCUGCCGUGGCCGCUGCGGGGGGAGGAGGGGCGCAUGGCGGAAACUACACCUCGCUGCUCCACCAUCAUAGCGGCCAUGAGGAUCACUUCCUGGACGGGCUGCUCACUGCGGAGGACGCCGGCGGCCUCUCGGCGGGCGCCAGCUCCCUGAGCCAUCUCGCCGCGGCGGCGAGGGCGGCACCAUCUGCCACCAAGCAGCUCCUCGUCCCCUCCUCCACCCCGUUCAACUGGCUCGACGCGUCAGCGCUCGCGAUCCUUCCUCCGACAAAGAGGUUUCAUGGGUACAGCGGCAGGGACACCACUACUGACGGCGGUAUGUCCCUGUCGUCGCCGUCCGAGAGAAACCACCUGGCCGCUGUUGGCGCCGGUGCCGUCGACAAUGGCGCCAGCGGCGGCGCUAGUGCCAUUCCUACGUUCCUCAAUCCGCUCGGCGUGCAAGCCGCGGCGACCUACCACCACCACGCCAUCCUCGGCACGCCGGUGCCGCCGGAAGCAGCUGCCGCGGCCGCCGCCUGCACUUUCCAGCAUCCCUACCAGCUCUCCGGGGUGAACUGGAACCCGUGAAUCCAUGAUACCGACACCGCCUAUGAGCAUGCAUCGAAUGCAUGGCUGGCUUUUCAGGUAGUCAACAUUGCUAGCUCUAGUAGUUGUUGUAGUGGUAGUCUCAUUCAGUGAGCACUGAGUAGUAGCACGCACAGGACACUUGCAUGCAUACAGCUAGUUCCCCCAUCUCCUAUACCACGAGCACGUACCUGUACGGACUAGCAGCUAAGCAACGACGACAUUGCUAGUAGAUAGGCCAUAUUUCAAACAAACAAAAAAUCUACUAAUAUACUUACAUACUACAGUAGAUAUGAUUAGCCUCUUGAACCUAGCUACAGUUUGGACCCUGCAUAUUAAUAAGUGCGCAUCAUGCAGUUGAUGACAUCCGAGUCACAUAAUUGUUAACUCUUUACUGCAUAUCGCGGUCGUAAGCUGAAAAGAAUUAGGGCGUGGUAAUUGCAUGCAUGUAGAUAUAUGCUUGACCCAUGCAUAUGCCCUCAUGUAAAAAUGUCCAUAUACUAGCUAUAGCCGCAUCUAGUACGUAUUGUACGUACAGGAUUUCCUAGUUGGGUGGCAGCCGUGUAUAGACUAUAGAUGACCACCUCUUUGCAUUGCAAUGGGUUGGUUGCUAGA